AUGAUGGACGGCGUCUUUGCGGCGCACGCCGCGGUGCGUGCGCUCCCGGACGGGGCGAGUGCGCUGGCGUGUACCGAUGAGACGGUCGUCGCGUCGUACGCUGUGCCGGCCACCCAGGAGUGGGCCGGGCCGAGCACCCAGACAGUGUCGCGGCGGAGCGUCGAGCAGGUGGUGCGGGUGCCGCGCACCGACUACCUCGCGCUCGUGUCCGACGGGUGUGUGAUGCUGUGGGACGAGAAAAGCAAGCCGGUGCGCCUGCCGCCGACCAAGACGGCCAAGGCGGUGGCCGUCGGGACGUGGACCGAGUCGGCAGCGCGCUCACGGCGCCGGCCGCGUGCCUCGCGUGCGGUCGGCCUGCGGGGCAUGGACGAGAUUGCAGAGGAAAUGCAGUCGCCGGGCGGCGUCGUGCACGUAUCGAUGCUCGCCGUCGCCUGCCGGCGGCACCUCGUCGUCUACCGCUGGGUCGACGGGGUCUUUUGGGACCAAAAAGAGCUCGGCCUGCCUCAUGCGCCGCUCACGCUCGCGGUGCUUCCUGGGCAGGGGAUCUUUGUGGGGUGCGCGGUCGACGACUACGUCCGCGUGCAGGUGCCGUCCGUCCAUGCGUCGACCGCCGCCUCGUUGCCCCAGCGCAGCGCGGAAACCGGCGCGACGGCGCUCGUCGUGGGCGACUGGACCGACGACAGCGAGUGGCCGGUGUACGCAGUGACGAUCCCCCCGUCGCUCGCGCCGGCGCCCGAGCCCGCGCGGGGCUGGGGCCUGAUGACGCGCCGUCCCCCGCCGCUGCUGCUCGCCCUCGAUACCCAUGUCCUUGUGGGGCUCGAGCAGUGCGGCGUGCUUGUGGAUGGCGUGGGCCGCGCGCGGCGUACGCCGCAGCUCGCGUGGGACGCCCCCCCGCGGGCGAUUGUCGAUGCGGCGCCCUACCUGGUGCUCGUUCCGAGUUCCGGGGCGCACCUUGCGAUCCAUAUGCGCAAUACGCUGCGGCUUGUGCAGACCGUGCCGCUCGACGGCGGCAGCGAGGCGCGGAUGCUGGCCGCGAGCGGCGCGGCGGUGUACGCCGCGCUGGGCGGGCGUGCUGCGCUGUCGCUCCUGGCGCUGCGCUCGCGCCCGUGGGCUGCGCAGCUCGAGGAUCUCGAGCGCGCCGGCGAGUACGACGAGGCGCUGACGCUCCUCGACAUGCUGGACGCGAAGCAGCUGCCCGACGUCGCUUCCCGCCGCGCCCGCAUGCAAGGGCUGGUCGGCGUGCAGCGCUUUGAGCAAGGCGAGUACGACGCGGCGAUGGACCUCUUUAUCGAGGUCGACAUGAACCCCGCCAAGGUCCUUGCGCUGUAUCCCCCCGAGAUUUCUGGCGCCCUUGCACGCGGCUCUGGGGCGUGGCGUGCGCUCUUUGGCGCGCAGCAGAGCGUAGGCAGGUCGGACGAGCGCGAGACGCCGCGUGCGGCGCUCGAUGCACUCGCGCGCUUCCUCACCGACCGCCGCCGCGUGGUGCGCCCACUUGUCGCGCACCUCUCGAGUGCCUCGUCGCAGGAGCCCCGCGCGGCAGAGGCGCUCCUUGCGCUGCCGAUCAGCCACACGGCGCUCGAGACGCUCGACGAGGAGCAGCUGAUGCUCGUCGCACAGCUCGUCGACACGGCGCUCUUCAAGACAUUUCUGCAUACCAAGCCGGCGCUCGUCGGGCCGCUGUGCCGUGUGGACAACUGGUGCGAGGUGCGCCAGGUCGAGCGGCUGCUCAAGGCGCACGGCAUGUCGCAGGAGCUCGUGGCGCUGUACCGUGCCAAGAGCAUGCACCGCGAGGCUCUGGCCCUGCUGCGUGAGCAGGCGCAGGACGCACACGGCGAGGACAAGGUGCGCCCGACGAUCGAGUACCUGCAGGCGCUCGGGAGCGACGACGUGGACCUCGUGCUGGAGUACGCCCACUGGGUCCUUGCCGCGGACCCCGUGCGCGGCAUGGAGAUCUUUACGGAUGCGUGCCGCCUGCCGCGGCUGCGCGUCGUCGAGGACCUCGAGGCGUUCGACCCUGCGCUGUGCAUUACCUACCUCAACUACCUGCUGAGCAAAGACGAGGGCGAGCCGAUGCUGCAUACCAAGCUCGCGCUGCUCUACCUGCAGCAGUGCCAAGGCAAGGAGGGCGACGCGUACCAGGCGCUGCUCGACCACCUGCACACGUCGACGCAGUACGAUGCGCGCGCGCUCCUCCCUGCGCUCCCCCCCGCGCCCGCGUUUGCCGCGGCGCACGCCGAGGUGCUUGGGCGCCUCGGGCGCCACGACGAGGCGCUGCACCUCUAUGUCGUGCACCUCGAGGACCUCGCGGCGGCCGAGCGCUACUGUAUUGACGCGAACGCGCCCAGCAUCUGGAUUAUGCUGCUGCGCCUCGCGCUCGAGCACUCCGAGGACCGCCGCGCGGCGCUCGGCCUGCUUGCGCGGCACGCAGCCGAAAUGCCGGUCGACGACGCGCUUGCGCUCCUGCCCAAGUCGUCCACGGUACGCGACGUGCAAGAGUACCUGUGCAAGGCGCUGCGUGCCCAGGCGUCGGAGCGCAGCACGCUUCAAGUCGUGCAGCACGUCGCCGAGCGGCGUGCCGACGACGUCGGCGACGCGCUGCGCAGCAGGCAGCAGCGCCAUGUGCUCGUCGCCGAGUCGCGCACGUGUGCGCAGUGCCAGCGGCGGCUCGGCAAUGCCGUGCUUGCCGUGAUGCCGGGCUCGGGCAAGACACUGCACUACUACUGCGCGCACGAAGGCAAACGGCUUCGAUAG